AUGAAUAUACCUCAAGUAACAAAAUUAAAUAAUGGUUUGCGUAUCAUUACUGAACAUAUGCGCGAUGUAGACUCUGUUGCUUUCAACAUCAGAGUUGGUGUCGGCAGCAGAGCCGAAAGCAUAAGUCAGAGUGGGAUAUCACAUUUCUUAGAGCACAUGGCUUUCAAAGGCACAAAAACCAGAACUGCAUUUGAAAUUGCUAAGGCUUUUGAUGAUAUAGGUGGAGUGUUUAAUGCCAGCACCGGAAGAGAGAGCACCUCUUACUAUGCAAAAGUUCUCAAGAAAGAUUUAUCAAUUGGCAUUGAUAUAUUAAUAGACAUAUUAAUAAAUUCUAUAUUUCCAGAAGAUGAGUUAGAGCGUGAAAAAAGUGUUAUAAUACAGGAAAUUUUUCAAACCAAUGAUUCACCAAAUGAUAUUAUUUUUGAUAAACACAUGGAAGUAGCUUACAAGGACCAGUCAUUUGGCAGAUCAAUUUUAGGCACACAAGAGACCGUAAAAUCUUUCUCUCGAGAAGAUCUAAAUGAUUAUAUAAGAGAGCAUUACUUUGGUGAAAAUAUAUUGCUUGCUGUUGCAGGAAACAUUGAGCAUGAAGAAAUUGUUGUCUUAACCAAAGAUGCUCUAUCAAAAAUUCAUUCCAAUGGGUCAAAAAAAAAUGAUGCUGCUGAUUACACUGGUGGUGAGUACUUGGAGAACCGAAAGUUAGAUCAAGUGCACUUGUUAAUAGGUCUUCCAGGCGUAUCUCGUCAUGAUGAUAAGUAUUACACAUUCAAAGUACUUGAUUCUAUUUUAGGUGGCGGUAUGUCAUCACGCCUAUUUCAAGAAAUAAGAGAAAAGCAAGGUUUGGCUUAUUCCAUUUAUUCAUUCAAUUCCAGCUACACGGAUACAGGAAUACUUUCGAUCUUUGCUGGCACAGACAGUAGCAAUCUAGAUAGACUUUUACAGUCUAUAACAACAGAAUUAAAAAAAUUAUGCACAAAUGAUCUAAAAGCAGAGGAAGUAAGUAGAGUGAAAGAAAGAAUCAAAUCUCAAAUUUUAAUGUCUCGUGAAAGUACCAGCUCACGCGCUGAAACCUUAAGCUAUUAUUACGCUAACUAUGAAAAAUACAUCAGUAAACAUGAGUUAAUAGAAAAAAUUAGUGCUGUAAAUGCUAUUAAUAUAAAAGAGGUAGCAGAGAAAUUACUAUCUCAGUGUGAAAAAACCACCCUAGCUGCAAUUGGGAAAAUUAAUUUAUUACCAAGUAAUGAUAAAGUAGUUUCUAUGCUAAAAGUAUAG